GAGAAGAUGGGGCCAGUCGCCUACUUCAGCCUCUGCCUCCUCGGCUGCCUGAUCUUUAGCUCCUCGCUGGCAGGCGCACGAGCUCCAUCCUGUCCCAGGGGCUGGCUGCACUUCCAAGACGACUGCUAUCGAUACUUCCCCAAGGAGGCAACCUGGAGAAGGGCUGAGGCUUGGUGUCAGAGCUAUGUCAGCGGGGCCCAUCUCGCCUCCAUUCACAGCGAGGAAGAGCACAACGCAGUCGCUGGUUUCAUUGCCCGCUCUCAGCACCAUGACGACGAUGACGGUGACAAUGUCUGGAUCGGACUCUCUACCUACGGCAGGAGGCGAAGAUGGUCAUGGACAGAUGACUCAGAAGUGGACUUCGAUGCUUGGGAUAGCCACAGAAGCUACUCUUUCCCUUCCCUGAAGGCGGAGUGCUGUCUGGCGCUGGAGGAAGGCACAGGUUUCAUGACCUGGGUCAGCGAAUUCUGUAAAAAUAGAAACACAUUUGUCUGCAAGUACAGGCCUUAGGGGAGGCAGCGCGCCUGCACCUGGGGGCUCCCAGCACCUGGGCUGUGAGUGAAUUGGGUCCCUCCGUCUCCCCGGGGACACCAGAUCCUGUGUCCCUGGCUGCAAAGUCCCUUUGGCAAAGCAUCGCUGUGUUACUCUGUGUCACUCCCGCUCUGCUCUGCCCCCUUCUUGGGAGAGGAGGGCAUCGACUGGGUAGUUUUACCCUGGGCUCCCCCUCUUGUCUUUGCCCAAACCCUGCUACCACCCACACCCUGAGCCCUCCCGCAUGUCCAGCAUUGCACUCUGAACCCCUGCUGGCUCGCAGGGCUGCGACUGCGGGGUGAAGCCCGAGUGGUGCCUCAGCUUGGGCUCCCACCCGCCCCCUUUGCAGUGAAGGCGCAGGCCGGGUGCUGACCGUCCCGCAGUGCCCUUCCCACAGCUCCCCAUGACUGACACAAAUGGCUGGGAAUGAACCCUGGAGCAUCUCAGCCCAACCCCCUGGGACAUGCCCCAAGGCACACGAGGGCAGGAACAAGGAGCACACGGUCGAGCUUUGCAGUGGGGAUGCUCAGACCUGCGCUAGGCUAGCCCGAGCACUCACAGCCGGGUGCCGUUCCCCCGAAGUAACUGAACCAUGGCUGUCCCGCUCGCUCUCUCGUCUCCACCUCUUCAACACAGUGAAGCAAGAAUAAACGUUCCCUUCAGCAUUCAGUCCUGUGUGCGUCUCCUGGUCUCUGGAAUGGACAGUUCCAUGUGCCCCCGCCUCCGUCCUGAGCACCCCAGAGCCAGCCCCCCGGGGGCGGACAGGGGAUGAACAGGAGGGAGCAUGGCCCUGGCCUUUUCGCUACAGCGCAGGACACUGGCAUCCUCCUCUGCGUGCAUUAGCCCCUGAGUCACGGCCCCUCCAUCCCACUCCCCUCUGCCCCUCCCUGGGCACUCAGCCCUCCUGGCCUCAUCUCAGCGCUCUCUGGGGAGGGGCCUGUCUAGCCUGCCUUCAAUGCACCAGGCACAUCUUACAGAGCAGGGAUAACUGACUGAGCCAGGACUCCUGUGUUCCCUUCCCUGCUCUCCUGUGUGACCUGGAGAACAGCCCUUCCCCUCUCUGAUAUCCCAGUCGUUGGUAGUCACAUGUCUCAGGCUGGUGGGCUUGGCACCAGCCUCACUGGGCACCAUGUGCCCGACCAGAUCCCAGGCAGUGGCCCUGGCUGGCGUCUCUCGGCGCCCUGCAAACAAGCCCUGCUGCAAAAGCACAAGCUGACCCUGCGGCGCACAGGCAGAAACUUCUGGGGGUCAGAGGAAGCAGGCCCUGAGUUGUGUUGACGUUGCA